GAGAGAGAGAGAGGGUAGUUGGUGUUAACAUCCGCAAGCAAUCAAGGAAGCAAACAAGUCAUGGGUGCGGUGUUAUUUUUUUAAUGAUUUAAAAAUGAAAAUAUAAUAAUAUGUUUGGAUUGGUUGGUGCCGUUGUUCCAAUGAAAAGGAAGUAGUUGUGGCUCUUCGUUUCAAGUAUCUCUCUUGGGAUUGCCAUAUGUCUGCCCUUCCUCACACUAAGGUUUUUUGUUUUUGUUUUAAUUUUGUCUCCUCCAUUUCUUGUUUCUCCACUUCUCUUUCUCACUUAGGCUCUCUCCCCUUCUUUCCUUUAAUCUUCUUUCUUUACUGGUUAGUUUUCCGUUUUUCACUCUUAUUACUCCCUAGCUUAGCUUCCUUGAACUGAGUACCCACCACUUUCUUUCAGUUGAGCUGUUCUCGAAAUCUAUAGAAAUGUAUCCCAACCAAGCAUUUUCUUCAGGAUCCUAUGCUGAGAUGUUGUCUGGGAAUCCUUUAUUGUCUCAUAACUACAACAAUAAUGGAUCUGUUGGAGCACCAAACAUGGUUGAUCCAGCAUGCAAUUCUUUUGUAGAAGGUGAACAAAAUGUACAUGGCCAAGGCUUAUCUCUUAGUCUAGGUACAUCUGUUCCUUCCUUUCAAUACCAGUAUGAUGGCACUGCUUCUGCUGCUGCUGAAUGCAUGGUAUCUUUAUCUUCUGGAGGCUUUCAUGAAAGUGCCAAAAGAGAGGGUUUGUACAAUUCCAAUAACUCUGAUCCAUGCAUUCAAGGAUCAUUCUCAAACGGUGUAUUGAACUCACACUAUCUUAAGGCAGCACAGGAGUUACUUGAUGAAAUAGUUGGUGUCCGAAAGGCUUUGUUGAAGCAACCUGGAAUGGAGAAACAAGAAAAGUUCAAUAAUGUCAUUGAUGGUGGCUCCAAGGAUUCUGAUGGAAAAUGUAACAGUCAAUCUCUGCAAAAUAAUGUCAAACCUCCUAAUGAAUUAUCAGCUGAAGAACGCCAGAGUUUAUUAGAAAAGAAGACAAAGCUUCUGACCUUGUUGGAUGAGGUGGAUAAGAAAUACAGACAGUACUGUCAUCAGAUGCAGAUUGUGGUUGGGGAACAAGAAGGGAUACCGCGUCUUCGUUAUGUUGAUCAACAGCUUAGACAGCAAAAGGCACUUCAGCAACUUGGUGUAAUGAGACAAGCUUGGAGGCCUCAGAGGGGUCUCCCCGAAACCUCUGUCUCAAUACUUCGCGCUUGGCUUUUCGAACAUUUUCUUCACCCGUAUCCCAAGGAUUCAGAGAAAAUCAUGCUGGCAAGACAGACAGGCCUGACCAGAAACCAGGUGGCAAAUUGGUUCAUCAAUGCACGGGUGCGGCUAUGGAAGCCGAUGGUUGAAGAAAUGUAUAAAGAAGAGUUUGGUGAUUCUGAUAACAUAAGCUGCAAUAUUCGAUCCGAAGGCAUUGUGAAAAGUAAAAGAGAUGAUGCUCAAGCCUCUGAUAACAAAGGGGAAGAUGAUUCACAAGACAAUUUAGCAACCCUUGCUGAUAGUGUCCAACAAGAAGGGCAUUUUCAUAAACAUGCAUCAUGUUCCAUGGAUGAGAACAACAAUAAUGGGGUUUAUAGUUGUGGAAGCAUAAUGGGUUGUAGUACUAGUCCUGCUGCAUAUGAUUUUGCAGAGUUGGGUAACUUUACAUCUACCAUGGGUGGCCACGUGUCUCUUGCAUUGGAAUUGAGGAACUGUGAAAGGGAUGGGUUUGGUGGCAUGUCUGAUAAUGAUGGCAUCCACAAGAAAAGACGUAAUCAUAAUCAGGGUUUGGCUUCUUCUUCUUCUUCUUCCUCCCCAGAGACUGAUCACCUGCUAGAUUAUCAUUUCACAGAUUCAUGAGUUUGUUGUCUGAAAAUCUGAAAUAUCUACCAAAAGGGAAAUUGAAAUAUCUUUUUGGAUCUCUCUGGAAUGGUGUACCACCAAAGAGAAAAGCCUAUGCAUGAUGCAUGCUACUUUGAUCAUUCUUCUUGUCCAUUAUUGUUCAUAAAAGAAGUGAUGUAAUAUUACUAAACCGUACAAAAAAUAUAUACAGGUAGGUAAUGUGUAGAUAUGUUUCUCACUUUGUAAUACUUCAGAUGAUUGGUUGUAUGUAAAAUUUUGUAAGGAAAAGGGAACACAUGUUGUUGCAUCCAUUCGUAUAUAAUGUCGAAAAAUAAGGAAUCUUGUAAGAGAUACGUAUCAUGUACGAUGAUGUAAAUGUCUUGCCUCUUGUUUGCAAA